UUGACCAAAUUUGCAUAUAUCUUGUCUUUUUGUCUAUGAACUUUAAGUGAGCUAAUCUUUUUUUUAAUUGUAAAAUAUACAUAAUAUAAACGGUACCAUUUAAACCAUUUUUAAGCAUUUAAUUUGGUGGCAUUAAGUACAUCUACACUGCUGUGCAACCAUAACCACUGUCCACUCCAGAACUCUUUUCAUCUGCUAAAACUGAAACUCUAUCCUUUGAGCAAUAAUUCCCCAUCCUCCUCCUCCAGCCCUGGCAGCAGCAACCUAAUCUUUUUAACUUUGUAUUAAAAUAGAAUAUACAGAAAAGUUCACAUAUCAGAAGUGCACUGACAAACCACUGACAAACCACGAGGAAGGGAAUGUUUUUAAGUGUUAGUGUAGAGGUUCCUCUUUUCUUUCCAGAGCCAGUUGCCAGUUCUAAUAGUACAGAUUUACCUUCUCUUUAAUCAUCACAUAACUUCAAUUGAUAAUGUUAUGUAGCUUGACUGAUGACUAGCUCAGAGCUAGCGAGGCUGUAACCAAGAGCAUAUAUAAAGUACUGUGCAGCAGUGCGUCACAAGGUUUUUGCAUAGGGCUUAGUCAAGGCUUUUGGAACCGCCCUCAUUUGCACCUUGUGCUAUAUUAGUACUUCUCAGACAGGAAGAAUUUUCUUUUGCUGGUGUGCCUUGUCCGGUUACCUUCAGGAAGAUUGGAUAACCAAGAAAUGACUAAUCAAGAGUCUGCUGUACAUGUGAAAAUGAUGCCAGAAUUCCAGAAAAGUUCAGUUCGAAUCAAGAACCCUACAAGAGUAGAAGAAAUUAUCUGUGGUCUUAUCAAAGGAGGAGCUGCCAAACUUCAGAUAAUAACAGACUUCGAUAUGACACUCAGUAGAUUUUCAUACAAAGGGAAAAGAUGCCCAACAUGUCAUAAUAUCAUUGACAACUGUAAGCUGGUUACAGAUGAAUGUAGAAAAAAGUUAUUGCAACUAAAGGAAAAAUAUUACGCUAUUGAAGUUGAUCCUGUUCUUACUGUAGAAGAGAAGUACCCUUAUAUGGUGGAAUGGUAUACUAAAUCACAUGGUUUGCUUGUUGAACAAGCUUUACCAAAAGCUAAACUUAAAGAAAUUGUGGCAGAAUCUGACGUUAUGCUCAAGGAAGGAUAUGAGAAUUUCUUUGAUAAGCUCCAACAACAUAGUAUACCCGUGUUCAUAUUUUCGGCUGGAAUCGGCGAUGUAUUAGAGGAGGUUAUUCGUCAAGCUGGUGUUUAUCAUCCAAAUGUCAAAGUUGUGUCCAAUUUUAUGGAUUUCGAUGAAACUGGGGUGCUCAAAGGAUUUAAAGGAGAACUAAUUCAUGUAUUUAACAAACAUGAUGGUGCCUUGAGGAAUACAGAAUAUUUCAAUCAACUCAAAGACAAUAGUAACAUAAUUCUUCUGGGAGAUUCCCAAGGAGACUUAAGAAUGGCAGAUGGAGUAGCCAAUGUUGAGCAUAUUCUGAAAAUUGGAUAUCUAAAUGAUAGAGUGGAUGAGCUUUUAGAAAAGUACAUGAACUCUUAUGAUAUUGUUUUAGUACAAGAUGAAUCAUUAGAAGUAGCCAACUCUAUUUUACAGAAGAUUCUAUAAACAAGCAUUCUCCAAGAAGACCUCUCUCCUGUGGGUGCAAUUGAACUGUUCAUCUGUUCAUCUUGCUGAGAGACUUAUUUAUAAUAUAUCCUUACUCUUGAAGUGUUCCCUUUGUAUAACUGAAAUAUUUUCAGACAUGGUGAAUGCAUCAACUGGAAGCUCCUUUUUCUCCACCUCUCUCAACACACUCCUCACCUUAUCUUUUAACACAUUAAAAAAAAAAAAAAAUCUUAAAGCCAAAAUUAGAAAAGUAACUCCCUACUUUUCCAAAGUGAAUUUUGUAGUUUAAUGUUAUCAUGCAGUUUUUGAGGAGUCUUUUACACUGGGAAAGUUUGUAGAACUUUUAAAAUAAGUUUUAUGAAAUGGUGAAAUAAUAUGCAUGAUUUUAAGUAUUGCCAUUUUUGUAAUUUGGGUUAUUAUGCUGAUGGUAUCACCAUCUCUUGAAAUUGUGUUAGGUUUGGUUAUUUUGGGGAAAACAUAUUUACCGGAAAAGAGUAGCACUUACUGUUGGAAAAAACUGGUGGUGUUUACAACGUCACUAAUCAUUACAAAACAUUCUGUAUUGAAGCACUGAUAAUAAAUAUGAAAUGAAAAGCCUUUUUAA